CGCGCCGCGCACCGCACAAUCAUGCAGCGGUAGUAUCCGGCAUCGGAGAGCAUAGAAUAUAGUUUUUUUUAACAAAAACAUCUUGCUUUAUUUAUUUAAACAGGUGGCACGUUUCCAGUGCUCACCCGACGCAUUCCCGUCUAAGUGUAUUUUUGCUUGGAAAAAGCAGUAUUUUUCUCACCUGAGCUGUGUUUAAAUCCAAUCAUCCAAAAUGACGAUUGGCAAGAAUAAUAAAAUGCUCCAGCAUAUCAACUACAGAGUUCGAAUAAUCUUACAAGAUUCUCGUACGUUUAUUGGAACUUUUAAAGCUUUUGAUAAACACAUGAAUCUUAUACUUGGAGAUUGUGAGGAGUUUAGGAAAAUUAAGCCAAAAAAUUCCAGACAACCCGAGAGAGAAGAAAAAAGAGUCUUGGGAUUCGUUUUAUUGAGAGGAGAAAACAUAGUAUCUCUGACCAUUGAAGGUCCACCACCACCAGAAGAAGGUCUCCCAAGAGUACCGAUGCCUGGUUCAACUGCAGCAUCUGGUAUUGGCCGAGCUGCUGGACGUGGAAUGCCUGCCAACAUGUCGAGCAUACCUGUUGGAUUACAAGGACCUGUAAGAGGUAUUGGAGGUCCAUCGCAACAAAUAAUGGCUCCCGGAAUUAGAGGACAAGUUGCUGCGCAACCUCAAAUGCAUCCAAAUGCACCAAGAAUGCCAGUGACUGGUGGACCCCCACCAGGAAUGCUUGGACCACCACCAGCGAUAAUGGGAAUGCCACCAGGUAUGCAGCCAAUUGGACGGGCUGGACCCCCAUUAGGAGCUCCAACCAUUCGACCACCUCCUCCCGGUAUGAUGCGAGGCGUUCCACCUCGGCCAUACUAAAUAUUCAUAGAAUAAAACUAUCUAAUUGAAGUGUUUUUAUCUGCUACUAUUAUUUUGAAAUUGAAAUUCUGUUUCUUCGAGUUCUCAUUUUUGAGAAUGUGAUGUUUGCAGAACUUAAUAUAAUUUGAAAAUUCAUGUAGAGUUGAUUAAUCUUGUAAAUUAAUAAUUCCUGGUUUUUUAUCAUGUUAUUUACAAUUUCGACUUACACAUAAAUAUUGGAAUGAUUUGAUAAAACCUUUUUUGUACCUUAUGCAUAAUAGUGUAUAAAGAUUUCAUGUUCAACUUGAAAAAUAUCAAGUAUGUUUCACUGUCAAAAACAUUAAUCACAAGUUAAUGAAUUUUUACUUUUAGUUUUAUAAUUAAAGUAAUAAAUAGUCAAUUUCAAUAAUUCUACAA